AUGGAGGUGGUAAAGCCGGUUCCGGCACCGCCGUCGCCGGAAUUCAACUUCGACAGCUCCUGCUCUUCCCCUUACAUCACCGCCCCUUCCAGCCCUCAGCGCUUCGGGACCAACUUCUUCUUCAGCGCACCCACCAGCCCCUCCGCCGCCGCCGCCGCCUCCUUCUUCCUCGACGAUUCCAUGGCCGCCGCCGCCGCCGAUUCCUCCUCCGCCAUUCCUUUCAAUUGGGAAGAAAAGCCCGGGACGCCAAAGCGUAACAGUAGUACCAGAGCGAAGAGUGCUGAGUUUUUCGACGACGAUUACGAUUUCGAAUUCGAUUUCAGCGGUCAAUUGGGUAGGAGCUCGUUAUCCGCCGCCGACGAGCUCUUCGACGGCGGUAAGAUCCGGCCGUUGAAACCCCCUCCCGGGUACGAUUCGGGCGCCGGAUCCUCCGUCGCUUCUCCCCGGUCCCCGCGAUCUCGCGCCGCGGAGAAAAAAAGAGAUUUCGACCCUUUUCGGGCAGCGAUUGAAGAGAAUCGGAAGCGAGAUGCAGAGGAAGAACGGGGAAGAGGACGGAGAGGAGCGAUCGGCGGUUAUUCGGGGCAGAAUUCAGAUUCCAAUUUCGACUCUGUUUCCGGCCGUCGGGGGACCAGCAGGUCGCUGUCGCCGAUGAGAAUCUCCGACGUGAUGUUGGAGCAGGAGCAGGACGACUGCAAUUCCGAAUUCAACCCUGUCGCCGGCGGCGAGAAGCAGUCCUACGCGGCGGCGUUCCUGUCGGCGAUUUCGUUUUCUUCGAAAGGGCGGUACAAGAAGUGGAAGCUGAGGGACUUCCUCCUGUUCAGAAGCGCGUCGGAAGGGAGGGCGACGAGGGCGGAGCAGUUGUCGGCGGCGGCGAAAUACGCGGUGCUGUCGAGGAGGGGUUCGCCAGCGGCGGCAGAGGACGCGAGGGACUGCAGCAGCUUCCGGUCGACGGAGAGCUUGGGGAGCUCGCGGCGGGCGGUGUCGGCGCACGAGAUGCAUUACACGGCGAACAGAGCGGCGGCGGAGGAGAUGAAGCGGAAGACGUUUCUGCCGUAUAAACAGGGGCUGUUGGGCUGCCUGGGAUUCAAUCCGGCGGCGGUUCCUGACAUUUCCAGAGGAAUUGGGUCUUUGACACGUGGAUAG